UGGCAACCUGGACUGACAUCGGCCACAGUCUUGGGACAAGCGCCCUCACAUUCCGCUCUAAAGAAGCUUUGGCUAAAGAAGUCAAAUUCUAAUAUAAUGUCAUGCAGUGUUCUCGUCCUGAGCAUUUUCAACAGUCAUUCUGACUGACAAACACUUAUGCAAGCCGUUUCAAUUAAAAAGUGUCAAUUUCAGACUGAUCACAUGUUGGAGAAGAAAGAAAAUAUAACGGCCAUGUAGGCAAAGACCCAGAGCUCAAUCAUGGGUUCGGAAGCAGUGGAGGACUGUGUUCAGGGGGCGCUCUCCUCUCUCUAUCCACCAUUUGAGAGCACUGCACCCCCUCUUCUUUCCCAGGUUUUUUCUGUCUUGGAGUCCACCUAUCAGCAUGACAGUUUAAGGUAUCUGUUGGAUUUCUUUAUCCCAGCCAAACAUCUUCUGCACAGACUCCAGCAGCAUGCUUGUUCUCAGUAUUUGGGUUGUUUGUUCCUGCACUCGGGAUGGCCCCUGUGUUUGGGUGAGAAGGUGGUGGUUCAGCUUUCUACUCUUGACUGGAGGCUCUUGCGAAGCAAUGACUUCUACCUUCAGGUGGUACCUUUCUCCACACGCUGUCCCCGCCUGGCUCUCAAGUGUCUAGCAUUGGGUGGACGCAAUGUCCAGGAGGUCCUGGUUCCUGAAUCCCAGCACCCUCUGGUGUUUACGGCGGAGUGGCUGCACUGCAUCAAUAAGGAACGGGGAUGCAAGAGAGAAGGUGGAGGUGGUUUAGAUACUUGUCUGGUUAGUACUUCUGAUGGUGUGGUACGUAUUCCGUGGGACGAGGUUGUUUACCCAAAAUUGCUACACAAUCCCACUGACCUGGAGCAUCCCUCCACAAAUCCCCCUGCCCAUGACUACCUUUCUCCAAACACUGGGAGUCUGGGAUGGUGCUCUUCUUCUGCAGAUCCUGACACCUGGUCCUGGGAUGAAGAGGAUGAUCUUCCUCCAGAUGGUGAUGAGACUGAUAUUGACUCCACUCUGCGGCGCCUCAGACAGUCCAGUGAUGGAUGCGGGGAUUAUGUGGAGCUCCUGGAACCUCGAGGAGGUCCGGAUGGUGGCAUUGAUUCCAAGCAGCGCUAUUUGGAGAUGCAUGGGAUCUGCAAAACCAAAACAUUGCCUCUGUGCAGGCGAAGCAAGGCCAUUCGAAUUCGGCGGGGAAAGGCUUGGGGGUACGCAAAGACAGAGAUCAGUGGAAGGACAGGGAGCUUGCGUAGGAGGGACAGCAACAGCAGUGGGAAGAAUAGUGGAGGUUCUCGCAAGGAAUUGGUCAACUCUAGACCCCCGCCUCGAGUCAUUGAUUUGGUUCGAGAGAGACAGUCAUCCCCACAGUGCAUUCAGGACUUAGAUGGAUGUGUUGGAAAUACAGUAGUUUUGGAUAACCGGGACCUUUAUUUAGAAGGUCCAUCCAAGGAGAGGAGGCCUGGUGUGGGUGAGGAGAGGAGGGCAGCUGGAACCACACUACCCUGGGAAGAGCGGCAUAGAGGAAGGGGAAGCACUAGUGAUCUAAGCUCUAGAAGUAAAUACAUCACUGAAAUAGACACUCAUACAACAGGAAAUAUAGGGGCAGAACAAUCGGAUCAGGAUCAAGGAUUCCACUCAGACUGUGUUUUUGAGGAUGAUAAGUCACUGACUGAAGGAGAAACAUUGGCAAAUGUGACAGCAGGCAUAAAUAACAUGUCUGAUUUCAGCAGACAUUUGACAAACGGAUCAAAAGCAAAGCUUAACACACAACCAGAUUCAUCUCAAAACAGGGAGUUAAACUCUUCUAACAAUGUUAAAAACACAACCAAAAUCUCAGGAAACUCCAAAGGACAGAAAGGAAAAUGUAACCAACAUAGGAAACUGGAAAAAAAUCUUUCUCAAACAGGUACUGACAACACUGCUGAUGAACCACAAGUUGGGAAAAUGGAGGAACGUGUGUGCCCCAAGGGAAAGGAUGUCAAAGUGGGAGGAUUUCGAGCACCCAGGAGAAGAAGGAAAGCUAGAGGGGGGAGAGGGAAGGGUAAAUCUGGUGGCCGUGGCAACCCUAAAAACAAGGAAGAUCUCAGUUCCUCAAAGGGUCAGAAGAAAGCAAGUCAGCUAGCUGAAACAUCUAAUUCAUUGGCUACAUCAGCUGUCUGCAAACACAGCCAUUCGGAUGAGGGUAAAAAUACAUUAAAGAAGAUAGUGAAUGGUCAUGAAGCAGACCCUAAUUCUGCCGAUGGAGAUGGAGAAAAACAACCAAAAGGCUAUCCAGAAAUCAUCCCAGAUGCCGAAACUCAAUCAGACUCAGUUUCACUUGAUCAGUCAACAGAAGCGACAGUACCAUCAGCACCUUCUGACCUAUCAAAGGCACCAUCUCCAAAAGCCUCUUUUCUGCUUAGAGAUUUAAACGAAGAUCUGCUCCAGUCAGGAAAGUUCAUAAUCACGGGUACUGUGGAUAGACUCGGGCGCGGGUUGGUUAUUACAGAAAAACACAUUCCUGAUGAUGCUCAUCAUCUCAAUGACAUUGUACAGCUAUUAUCCUGUUAUUACUCCAUUACCAGACCGGCUGCUAGAGAAAAGGGUUUGACGGUGCUGGUGGACAGUAGGCAGGCUUCUCCUUCAGAGCUUUGCUUCUCUGCCUUGAGGUCAUUCAAGGCUCAGGUACCAGCAGGUCUUGGCUGUGUUCUCAUUCUUACAGAAGAAGAGCAAGAAUCAGGCCCAUAUAACCUGGAUGGAAUAGAGGUACACACAGUAAAAGGAACUGGAGUCCUUCAGCAAUAUGUGGAUAGACAGCAGCUGACUAAAGAGAUGGAUGGAGAUUUUGAGCACUCACAUAAUGACUGGUUAACAUUCAGACUGAGUCUGGAACAGCUAACUGAACACUGUGAGAGUGUUCUUUCUCUAUUGGAUGUUGCACUAAAGUCUAUGGGAGAAGAACCACUGCCUGACUGCAUUAAGUCUGUACCACUAAGUGUUGAAAAGCACAAGCAGCUGAUGACUGGUGUUCUGUCUGACCCACGGUUGACAGAGCUGCAAAGACGGGGUGGAGCUUGGCUGGCUGGACUGGCUAAUGAAACGUCCAGAUUGGCUCAUAGGUCACCAGACUGCAGAGCUGCCUUCGCCGCAACCUCCAGUCUCUAUGACAGCAUUGAUGAUUCUCUCCAUCGGCUGGUGCGUGUUUCUAAUCAGAGAAGUCAUGACCUGGAAGCACUCAGCAGACUGUCAAAUCUAGUGGACAAACUGGAAAAGUUUGAGACAGAAAUAGAUCAUGUGCAGGAGCAACUGGAGGAAUAUAAGGAUCCGCCACUCUCACUAAGCCGACUCUUACUCAAACAGCAGAAGUUCAAAAGCUUCAGGGAAUCUGCUAUGGAACUUCACAGUGAGACACUAGUGGUGCUGGGGGAAAUCGAGAGCUGGUCUGAGCUGGAAUGGGGAGGUCUUACUGCAGUCCUUAAACGACUUCCACAGAUCCGAGAGAAAGUGAGAGGAAUGUCUCACUGCCUGUCUGACUGCUGGACCCAACUGGACAAUACACAGAGACUACUGUCCACCCUUACUGAGGCCUCCCAGUGGUGUGAUGUGGUCUCUUCAUCCUCUCCCAAUUCCUCACCUUCUUCUCCUCUGUCCUCUCUCCCUCCUAUUCCUCCAUCCCGUUUCCAAGACGCACGAGCUUUGGCCGUUGAGCUUGGUGGCGGUGCUCUGUUAGACAUGUGGGCCCAGACUCUGGAGCGUUACCAACGCACACUAACACAAUUCAAGACACGCAUACUUCAGGCUGAGCGAGGCAUGCCCACCAACCAGGGUCAGGAUCCCAAUGUGGCCGUGGCACAGGCACCUAAAACAUCUGUUUCCAGUGUCACAAGUUUGUGGGAGAUAGAGGGAGAGGGAGAUGGAGAGUGGUGCGGAGGAGGAGAAGGAGGACUGCAGCCUUGGGGCUCACUGGCCUCAUUGUUCCGUCCACAGAACUGCUCUACACUAAAGAUAGGAGAAGAGAAGAAGAAGGAGGGAGCUGCAGGGGCUGCUGGGGGAGGGAAGUUCCUGCAGAACUUGCUAAACCCAAGCAAAAAAAGUCCCACUGAAGCUCCUCUGCCUCCUAAACCACCUCGGAGGCGUCACCCAAGCUUUGACCUCCAAGCCCUGCUCGCACCCCGUCGUUCAGCUGCAGCUGCACCAAAGCCAGCAGAGGCUCCACUUGCUGCAAGCAGCCGCUCAUCUCCCCUGUCCUGGCUGGGAAGGAAAGCUGUAGCUGAGCCUAUCCUCAUGGCAGGGAUUGCCACAGCUGUACCAGGAUGGAGGGAUGAGAAAGUUGGAGUUGGUGUAGGAGGAGGUGGUGUGUUGAUCCGUGGUGUGGAGGUCAGCAGUAAAGAGGUGGCAGAUCAUACAGGGCUCACCAGACAGCAUGUACUUCUCGGCCGGACUGAUAGAGAGACAGGAGUUGAGAGGCCUGGAACUACAGCACAGAGUAAGUUGUAUCUGCAGUGGUGUAGGCUGGUCAAUUCAGAGCGGCAGUACGUAGCUCUACUGAAGGCAGUGGAAGAGACUUAUCUCCCUCUGCUGGAUAGUGCUGAUACACCAGUCUGUUUAAGAGGAAAGGCUGACUCAAUCUUUUCCAACUGGAGCAACCUUGCCACUUUUCAUUCUCAGCUACUCCUCCCUGCCAUCGAGGGUGCCCUCUCUCAAACGCUACAGCAAACUGACUGCUUCAGCAAAUAUAGGGAUCAAUUACUGCAUUAUGCCCACUACAUCCGUAUGAAGCCUGAGCCGGACUCCCUGCUGGUCAGCCAAGCUGCAGACUACUUCAAGUCAAAGCUUUCCAGCUCUCCUGUGCCUGCCAGUAUCUCCUUUCCUCAGUGCCUCGCUGCUCCUACUCAACGUCUACAGCACUACUGCGAGAUCCUUGAGGAACUAGGAGGGGUCAACCCCGGCCCUGACUCUGCACUCUCCAUAAUCAGACAUGCACAGCGCCAUGGGGAGGACCUGAGGACAAGCGACCUCAUCACUGGCUGUCCGGUACCUGUUGGAGAACGUGGGGAUUUGGUACGCCAGGGUGAGCUGUACGUCUGUCCGGGUGGGCGGAGAAAGAAGACAGGCAUCAGGACCGUGUUCCUCUACCAGCAUUACAUUAUUCUCACCAAACACAAAACUCAGAGUCAAGGCUGCAGUGUAUACACUUAUAAAAACAGCAUAAAGACAGGAGAGAUGGGUUUGACCCAGUGCGUCGGCGAGGAGGGUCUGAGGUUUGAGGUUUGGGUGAGACAGACUUCUCGCACCAAAUAUUGUCUCACUCUCCAGGCCUCAUCUUUAGAGGACAGAGAAGCCUGGACACAUGACAUUGCCCAGCUCCUGUGGACACAUGCCAUCCAUAACACAGAAUUGUGUCUAAAGGAAUCUCUGUGCAUGGGAGUAUCCAGCAAGUUGCUACUGGAUGUGACAGGAGCUCAGACAUCCGAGCUAGACUCAAGUUUCAGCCUUAAUGACAGGGUUCAGAGUAGCUGUUCAGACUCUUCCUCAGUGGGAAGUCAGAAGGAAGGGGGAUCUCCCUCUAUCACAAGAGAACCAAAGAAAGAUUCCGGACAAACUGGCCAUACACAAAGCUCAUCACCAUCGACGUCUGUUUGAAUAUCAUCUGAACUACAAAUAAAUUCAACUGGACAAAUGUUUAAGUAACACAGCCUGGAUGAUGUCUCAGCAACAUUACAGCAUGACACAGUAUACUGAAUGCUUUACUGUUUUAUAAGCCAUGCUACAAUUCACAAGGCCAUCUUGGCUCUGCCUCUCGCAGUUGCUCUGUAUGCAACUAAUCGCCAGGUACUGGAGCGUGGAGCAGGGUAAUGUGUUUCAGGCUUUCAUGCACUGCUGCCUCCAACUGAUUUGCUGCUUGCCAAAAAUGACUUCAAUAUUAUACCAUAAGUUACUGUGUAUUUUUGCCUUUCUUGCUCCCCUCAAUACUAGCUUAAUGUCUUCCAUUUUAAUCAUAGAACGUAAUCAGUUAUAACCCUUUUGUUUGGGCCUAUUUUUUACCCUGUUACUUAUAGAUUUGGUGUCAAUCAUGUCAAUUUCCUAUUAUCCAGUAGGACAAUAGCAAUAUUGGUACAAGCUCAAAGAUAAUGCGAAUCCACCGAGCUAUAAAUUCUCAAAACAAUUUACAGAUUGCAUUAUCUAAUUACAUUAGCUGUAGCCAUGUACCAUAGCAACAAAAAAGAAAGUGAUUUACAUUAAAAACUGUUGAGCAAAGCCCCUAUUUUCUCUGUAGAAUAAUCAAUCGAUUUUCAUAUUGCAACCACAAAAUAAGUUCCUUUUUCACCGAAGACUAUUCAGUACAUUCUUUCUCUAAUGCUUAUUAUGUUAUGUAUAUACGUUUUUUUUUUUCAAGGGAACGAUAAUUGAGACUUGUUUGAAUAAGUGUAGGGUUAUGGCCUGAAUCCCUAUAACUUUUCCUUCCAUUACCUAAUCAAAGCACAAUAAAAAUAGAUCAGCAGUGCAUAAUGACUGUAAUCUUAGACCACGGUUCUUGAAGUCUGGUCUUUGAGGCAUAUCCAAGAGGUCAUUUAUUUAUUUUAUUUUAGUUUUUUGAUUCAGUGGGGGAAAUAACAACCCAGUCUUAUCAUUUUUGCAUUCCUUUACUAUUAGACUCUUUAACUGGUUCCUUGUACUGAAUGAGUUAAAUCCUCUUUAACCCAUUAAAAGAUGUCAGCCUAUAAAUAUUAUGUCAAAUUGGAAAGAAUAAAGUUUUCUGUUCAUAGAAAGUGCAGAUAAAGCUCCAUGGAUUUAAUAAUAAAUAGCUUGACUCUUAUGGUACAGAUUUAAAUGGUUAACCUAAUAUUGGAUUAGCUGUAUUAUAUACAGUAUGAUGUCUAAUUGGGGGGUCUAUAGAAUUUAUAUAACAUUUUAUUUUUGUCACUGGGUGAUAUAGGUUGAGGAGAACUGGCUUUUUAUUUAUAGUGCAAGUGGCAUGACUACAAUUGGAUGGACUUUCAUCCUGUUCUAUAUAAUUCUGAUCAAAAAAAGGAUUUUUUUUCUCCGCAUUUUACAUGAUCUUUCAGAGAUGCCAAAAGGUUUCUGAAAUGAAUCCUAAGUUGUUUUUUUUAAAUCAGGUUUUGUCCAAUAGGUGGUGUUAAUGAGCAACUGCAGCUUGGAAACAAUGUGUCUUCUAUUUUUUAAGGCCAAUAGACUAUUUGCAAGACAAUGAAUAGCUGCUCAUUUGUGGUGAUGCUGUGCACAUUGAGACUCGAUUGUGGAGCACUUAUACUCUUUUCAUUAACAGUAAAAAAAACUGUGCUAGGCAACAUUCACAUAUUGCACUAAACAACAUGGUAUAAAUGUUGACAAAAUUGCCACGUUGGCCUUUUUUCCCCCCAGCACUUCAAAUAAAUAAAAGAGUGUGUUAGAGUUGAAUAAACUCUCAAGAACUGAACAGAUUUCUCCACGCAGCUCUGAUUGUUAUUGUUACUAGUUCCAUAUUUAGCACCAUAUGAAUUCACAUAGUUCCCAUAUGAAUUUACAUACCCACCACCUCUCACUCAGUUUCUCCCACUGUGUGAAAAGAGUCGAUUUUUCCUUUGUCUGUUUAUGAGUUGCAUUAUGAUCCAGCUGGCUUUGAUUGUCAUGGCAGCUCCACCAGCCAAAUCCAAAGAUUGCUUGCAUAAGAGGAAAUGCUAUGAGUUUCUGCUUUAAUCUUUGAGUUAUGUAAUUGGUGCACCCCACCCUCCUAUAUUCUAUUAUAUUCUACUCAACCUUACACAGUCUUAAUCUUGUAUAGUCACUGAAUUCCAGGACUCUCCAUAAAGAGUUUGAAUCCCGCUUUGUUAUAGCUGACAUUAACCAAGCACUCAUAAUCCAUUUUGGAACAGACAAGCUCCUUAAAAAAGAGCCUUGAUCUAGAGAAUUAUUAAGUUGUUUUAUAUAAGAGGUGGUAUGAGUGUGCAUGCAAGCUACAUGAGGAAUGAAGCUAAACCCACAGCCAGACUUAAUCCAAAUAUACUUUGCACAGUGGGAAAUGUGUUCAAUUCAGCGCUUUUAAAGCAGGUCUCUUCAUAACUAUAAAUACCUUGGCAUGAUUCAUCGUUCUCACUGUAAAUACAAGCAUUAACCAAAGAAACAAGGUGCCUUUUGUAAGCUUUAUAGUAUAACUCUUAUUAUGUUCAUGUUUACAUUUUUUGGUAAUGCAAAACCUCUUAUUAUUUUUAAUGAUUUAAUAUUUGCAUGCUGUGUUGCUAUGUAUUUUGCACUUGAUAAGUAUGAUUUUGUUUCUUCAAGAAUUAAAACUGGACAUGAACAAGA